AUGGAACUUCCUCCUAUUCCAGUUUAAAAAAUUCAAUCAUAAUUAGGAGCUGAUAAUCUUGUUUCCUAAUAACGUAUUUACAAUCCCUAAACUCAAAAUCAAGAAACUGCGAAACCUCCAAAGUAAUUUUUGUUUUUAUUAAAGGCGAAACUUCAAUUUAAAAGUAGGUGACAUAGUGUAUUUCAAGUCCUAUUUGAUCGACGACUAUAAAGGAGUUAUUUCAGGUGAUGGCAUUGCAAGCAAUAAGUUAGAAUGUAUUUAGAUAUUGGGAAAAAAUCAGCAAAUUAUUAGUCAAUCAAAAAAAUGUUUACAAUAAAAGGUGGGCAGUUUAUCAUUCUAGAAGAGCUUAUUUUAGGUUAUCACAGGCAAAAAAUAUCAUUAUUAAAACUUUUUAGAAUAAGAGCGUUCGAAAUCGAUAGAUGAUAUUAGAGAAUAGGCGAUAAAUGAAGCAAUUAAUUUAGAACUUUGCUAAUCAGAAUAUGAAAGUAGGUUAAAAGAACUUGAAGAUAAGGCUAAAGAAGAAAUUAUAGAAAACAAGCGUUAUUAUGAUCUUGCUUACGGAUCCAAUAUUGUCUAUGGUUAAGAAAUCCAACUUAAACACAUCUAUUCUUCUUGCAUUCUGUCGUUUAAUAGUGCAAACUUAGCAAAGGAAAAUUGUUGCAGAGAAUUAUCGUUAGAAGAAAUUCCAAAUGUAAAUUCAAAUUUUAGAAUUUUAUCAAUGAAUCAGGUUAAAAACCCAGGAGAACCUAUCUUAUAUGGAGAUCAAAUAAUAAUUCAAAAUUCAAGUUAGAAUAAAUGGUUUAUUAAUAUAUAAAAGCCAAGUCAAAAAUACGAUAAGAAGGAUGGAUUAGAAGUAAAUUGUUCAUAAAUAGGAUUUCCGAUAAAAAUUGCAAGCUAUGUUGAUUCUAAAACUGAAUAAGAAUUGAAGGAACAAUCAUUAAAAUAAAAAGCCCUUCUUAGUGGAGAUGUAGUAACAAUAAAAAAUAGGUAUUUGGGUGGAUAUCUAUCUAUCUAAAGAUAAGUUAGAAUUACUGAAGGGCUUGAUUAAACAGAAGUCUUUAUCAAGAAUUCUGAUACAAAUAUAAGUUAUUCAAAAGAUUAAUUCUAUUUUAAUGUAGAAUAGGUGAAAAAUGAAAAAAUUAAUUAUAUGUAUAAACUAUAUGUGGAUACAUCAGAAAAUGCAGAAAAUAACUUAAACAACUUAUGGCAAAUUCAACACGUCAAUAGUUUAAUGUUCUCGAGACCAAAUUAUGAUAGUGUUUUCUUAAUCAGACAUGUUUGUACUGGGCUAUUCCUGGAAAUCACUAAUCACAAUGCAAAUCUAACUUAUGAUGGAUUAAAAUAAGAAUGUCAAUUUCAUUUAAGAUCUAAGAAGAACUCAGAUGAUCAAAUUUUGUUUAGUGAAGCUUACAAAUUAUAAUCAUUUAUGAAUGUUUCAAUUGAUGGUUAUGUUACUUAAGAAAAUUUGGUCAUCGUUUGUUUAGAUGAUAGAGUAACAGUUCAAAGGAAGAGUUAAAAGUAAAAUAUGGAAAGAGUCACUUUUUUGCUAAAGCUAGCGACUCCAGAGUAAGCUAAGACUGCCUUUAGAAUUAAUUCUUUAUAAGAAUAUUUAAUCUAAUUCUAUAUUUUUCUUUAGGAUUGGGGUAUAGUUAGGACGUCAGCCUAAGGUUUAGAAGAUAUUAGAACAUAUGAUUAUUAUGAGGCUUUUAACAGUUAGAAGAGAUUGUAUGAUGAAAUUUUAUAAUUAUUUUAAACUUUGGAAAACUUAAAGAUGUACUUAACUAACGAAGGUCAAGCUCAAACAAAUGAAUAACAGCAAUUCAAGUAAAAAGCUUUAAUGGAUAAUGAUAUUAUUAAUUUGCUCUUUGCAAUUUAGCGACUAUGCAAUUUUAUGAUAUAUGGGAGUUUGAUUAAUGACAAUUCAUAAAUCUUAGAUAAGACUCCUUAGAAGAUUGCAAAAUCGAAACUAGACCCUACUACUUCAUCAUCAUAAAAACUGAAUUGUAUAUAAGAAAUAUAUGAUGUACUUAGUUUAUGCGUUUAAAAAAAUCAGGAUACAAGCAAUUAUGUUUUGACAUUAAAAAUGAAUAAGGAAAGUAUUUUAGAUUUCCUUCUGCAAUAAUUAAAAUAUCAACGAAAACAUAUCUCAAACCUCAUUAAGGAAAGUGUAAGAUAUACUGAUAUGAGUGAAUCGAAAGACAAUAUUAAAAAGUGGGUGAAUCAAUUGGAAAAUAUAUCUGAAGAUAAUAUUGAAGAUUAAACUCUCUAUAUAGAAAUUUUGAGUUUGAUAAUGAUAGAUCCUUAUGAGAAUCCAAAUAUCUUAUGUUAGAAUGCUUGCAGAAGAUUAUUAUUUGGAACAAAAAGUCAAUAAGAGUAAUAAUCUCCUUUUCAUAAUGUCUUAGUAUCCUUAGACAUAUAAGAAGAUAACAACAAUAUGUAUCCAAUAGUUUAAUUUUAUCCAAAAAGGGAUAAAGGAUCAUAUAUGCAAUAUGUUAAUUAGUUUGGUUAGAAUAAUUAGAUGUUUUGCUAACUUUACUUAAAGUUUAUUGAUAAAUAGGUAAGGACUACUAAGAGAUUUUUAAGUAACAGUCCCAGUUUAAUAGAUGUGGUAAUUGAUUUCUUUACAAUUGAAGCACUCAAAGAAAAUUAAUUAGUAAAGUAGGAAGAUGUUAAAUUGGUUGUUCCAAUUUUCUAGAAAUACGAAAAUUAUUUAAUGAAUGUAAUGGGUUUAUAUUCUUCAUUGUGUAAAGGAAGAAAUUAAAAAAAUAUCAAAUGUUUAAUGAAAAAUUGCUUUUUAAACUAAAAGUUCUUGGAAAUAUGUCUAAAACGUUAAUAAAAUGUUAAAUCUGAGCUUAGAUUCGAAAAAACGUUAAUUGACUUGUUCUGUAAUUUAUUCUUAGACAUUGAUCCAUUAAUCAAGAUAUCCUAAAAUUAUGAUCCCUUUUAUAAUAAUACUUAAACAAAUACUAUUAAGUGUUACUUAAGUGACGACAUUGAUUAAUUCAACAUAUAGAAUCCCUCAGGACUAUAUUUUUAUGAGAAUAAUGCCUCAAAAUCUUUAAAACGUAGUGAUGAUUAUUAGAGUUUUCUUCACCAAAAAGAAACAAAAGCAGAACAUUAGUAACUCAAACUGUAUGCUGCUAAAAUGUUGUCUAGAUCUCAUAUCAAUGAUGUUCGUUUGUACUAUUUAGAAAUGUUUACUAAGGAGGAAUAUCCAGAACAUCUAUUGAUAGAGGCAAGUUAUGAUAUCUUUUAAUCCAAAAAAUCUAACCAACUAAAUAAGCAGAAAUACGAUUACUCUCGUCUAGCUUAUUUACAAUUGCAUUACUUCUUAGGACUAUUGACAAUUAUCAAGAAUAGCAUAAACUUAGGCUAUAAUUAACUGGAUGAAAAUUAGAAAAUAUUCUCAAUACUUCCUAAUAUCUUUGUAGGCUUGAUUUUAUAAUAGAUUCCUGAUAUGAGAAUACACCGAUUUUCAGAAAAUCACACAUUUGUUUCAAAUUUGAAUAAAUUGAGAGAGUCAGUUGAUGAUAACAUUUGGGUUGCUACAUUCUUACCUUCUGCUGAAUAAUUCUAUCAGAAAAAGCAAUCAAAAUACAAGGGUCUAGAUAAGGAUUAUAAAAAAAUGGAACAAUCAUCUAAGAUGUAUAUGUAAUUUUAAAGAAAUUGGAUUCUAUAUUUAUUAAUAUGGACUUAUUAAUAUUGUAAUGAUGAUAUAAUUAAAACCCAAAUCUAUUUGGAAGCUUUGUCGAUUCUGAAAAUCUUUGAACAAUUAAAAUUAAAUUUAUAAAUUCUAGAAUUCCUAUUUAGUUCAUCCUAAUAGAAUGAAUCAAAUCCAAGUUCUCCAAGUGUAAGGGAUUUUGAUUAAUUUGGAUUUGACGAAGUGAUAAAUCCAAAAGUCUAGAUUAAGAAAUCAAAGACUAUAACUUCCAAAUCCAUUUAUAGUGUUUUCAAAGAACCUGAUGGAAAUAGCAUCUGCGGAUUAUUAUUUACUUGCUUAUUGACAUCAGGGAAAAGAACUAAAUUAAAUGAAGAAUUGUUGCAAAGAAUAAUUUAAAGUUUCCAUGCACCCAAAUAUUCAAUCUAAGAAAUCAGUUAAGUUGAAAUCAUUGAUAAUUAAUAAGAAUUGAGAUACUUUUCAAUUAUUAAUGGAAAUUCAAACAGUAUUUAAUUGAUAAGUCCUAAGGAAGCUAUACAAUUAUCAAAAAGAGCAUUAAAAUUCAUUCAAAGUGAGAAAGAUGAUAAUUUAAAUUAAAAAAGGGCUACAUCCUUUGAUAUCUUAAAAGGAUAUUCAAAUAGAAUAAUUGAAUAAUUUGAAAUGUUUUUUAAACCAAAUUCUUAAGAUUUAUAGUAUUUAAAGUCCUUUUAAAAUAUAGUAAGGAAUGCAAAUGUGCAUCUAAUAUUUUUGAAAUUUUUAGUAGAACCAGAAACAAUCAUAAGUUCAAAGGAGAUAGUUUUUUUCUAUAAAAGAAUUGUUCUAUUUAUGGAAUAUUUCAUACUAGAUAAUGAUACUAAUAUUUCAAUUUUAGCCAAUAAUGAGUAUUUAUAAAGAAUUCUUGAUGUCAUUUAGAUACCUUAGCCAUAAGCAGAUGAUAAGUUCUAUAUUCCAAUCAAAGUAACAAAAUUAGCAAUCAAAAUUAUAUCCUCUAUCCCUGAAAAUCAGCAUGAUAACUUGAUAAACUAAAUAUUCGAAAGAAUUUACAAGUUAGGAAAUAAGUUGACAUAAAGUCAAGAAUUUUACCUCAAGGUCUAUAGUACAAGGGAUGAAGAGGAAGAAAUUAAAUUUAUUAAAAGAAGUAAUCAUGAAAACGCAGUGACUUAUUUCUCUUUGAUUUAAUAUUUUAAGAUUUUAAGAUCCAUGACAAAAUCCUAUGAAAAACCUGCAAAAUAGAUGCCCUUGAAUAAACAUUUAAUCUUAUCAAAGAUCUUAAAGAAUGCUUUUCUUAGAAUAAUCUUAGACCCAGUGAACUAUUAUAAGGAUAUACUUAUCCCAGAAUUGGUUAUUGAAGAGGAGUAUGUGAAGGACCCUUUGCUGUAUCAUAGAAUAAAAUUACACUCAGAAAUAAUCAUAUUGUUGACUGAGUGUUGUCAGUUUUAUAGAAUAGGCAUUUAGGAGCUGUAAAGAAUAUUACUGUAUGAAUAAUUAAAAACCAUUUUAUUAAGUCCUAAAGUUGAAUACAUUGUUAAGAGAGCAUAUUUAUAAUGCUUAUUUGAAUUAUAUAUAAAUUAAGUAAGGGAAGGGUAGUUUGUUAAUGAUACAGUAGAGAGCGACGAAGUUAGAGAUAUACUAUCCAGAGUAAUAAUCCCAGAGUUAGAUUAGAAAUAAGUCUGCAAAUAUUUGGAAGGGUUGUCUAAAUUAGCUAAUCAAGAUAGAAAUAUGAAGGUUACUUAAAGAGAUUUGAGAGAUUCAAUUUAAAGAUAGAAGCUGACUUAUUUUGAGAAUAAGCUUUCUUUUGAUUCAAAAUUUGUUUAAGAAUAAGGAAUAUUAAGGGAUUUAAGUGAAUAUUGGAAGUAUUUAAGGAAAAAUGGAAUAGUCCAUUUCUUAGUUUAUACUUAUGACGAAAUGAAAGAUAGAACUGAUCUAGAAAAUCCAGAGAAUUCUAGUUUAUCUGAUGAAUUUGCAAUUAUUAAAUAAAAUGUUUAAAAAAUAAAGGAGAUUUUUAAUGUUUUAGAGAGAGAUUUUAGAGUGAAAAAAGAAGAUUUGGAUUUGGAUGAUUACAGAGAAUUGAUAACUUCGAUUGAAGAAAUCAUCCCAUAAAGAAAAAUUACUAAAUUCGGUCAGAAUUUUAGAAUAGGAUUCCAAUAGGAUAAGAAUACUAAAUUAGUAUUUGAUAAGUAUGAUACUUUGAAAGAGGAUCAAUCAGGAGACAAGAAGUUGUAAGAAUAAGACAAUGUUCAGAGAAUAGAAAAUCCCUUUAGGAGAAACUUUAAAGUGUAUCUAAUUAGAUAUAAAGUUACUAUCAAUUAAUUUAAUUAAUACAUUGAAAAUAAGGCAAAUGAAUAAGACAGAUUAUAGAAGAUUUUGGAUACUUGCAACAUUUAUAAGACAUACAUCUAAUAGAGUGAUAUUGAUGAAAUCUUUAAAGUGAAUAUAGAAUAAAUUAAGAGAUUAGAAUAGGUAAAUAAUAGAAAUAGAGUCAUAAGCGAUUGGGAGCUAUUUAAAUAAGCUAUGAGGGAAUUAUUUGAAAUUAAAACUACUUAAAUUGGAAUAAACUAGUAAGUGUAAGCGUAUUUAAGAUAAUAAGAAGGUUUAGAGAAUCUUAAAUAAGAGUUUGGAAUAGCUAGUCGCAAAUUAAUUGGUAAACAAUACAAAAAACUUGGAGGUUAAUUAGAAGGCAAUGAAGAUUUAAUAUCAGAUGAUAUUUAAAUAGAAUUGCUAAUCAAGACUUUAGAGAAAUAAAAUACAAACAUAUUAAAUGAGGACAAUGUAUAAGAAUUUUUAGAAAAAUGCUAAGGCAUAUUUUUAAACAGAGAAAUCUAUUUAAUCAAAUUAUGCAAAAUAUUCUUGUUGUUGAAAAGACCCACCCAAGAUGACAUCGAUUCACUUACAGAAGCUAAGGAUGAAAAAUCUAAAGAAUAAAUAAGGUUGAAAUAAUAAAUAUUCAUAAAAUAUCAAAAUGCUAUGGUGGAUAGUGAUUUGGACAUAUUAGCAUUAGAGAUAUUGAAUGACUCUGAUGAUGAUUAACAUAAAAUCGAGGCAUUAUAAUUGUUAAUUUAUUUAUUGGAUUACGGAAACGACUAUGUCUAGAAAAAGUUUUAUAAGAUCCUUAAGUAUGAUUAAGUAAUUAAAUAAAAAUUCUUUGUUUUUCUUCGAGGGUUCUUCUUGACUGAUAUUAAUUCAAGGGUAUUAGAACUAGAAUUAUGUGAAGGCAAUAACACUGAAUAUAAAAUACUUUGUUUGAAAGUCCUAAAAUUAUUAUAGGCAUUGUGUGAAAAUGUCAAUGUUGAUUUCUAAAAGUUUUUAGUUUGCUAAUACGAUGAUGAUUCAUAUCAAGCCAAUAUUAAUAUUGUUAAUGAAGUAGCAAGUUUAUUAGCAGAUUUAUUGGAAAAAGGAUAGAGUGUAUUUUAUAAGCUGUAAGAAAUCUACAGAUAAGCCUUAGAGAGCUUAGUUGAAUUCUCUACUGGAUUUGAAGAAAAUAAGAAAGAAUUAUGUAAAAAUACCCGAUUGUUUACGUUAUUAAACUAAAUUUUAUAGAAAGAAGACUUGUUAUCAUUCAAAUAAUUGGAGGAAGAGAAUAGAAAUAUAAUUAAAGAAAAUUUAUUAAAAUCAUAAAAUCAAGAAGAAGAUCUUAUCAUAAAUUUAAAUAAAAAUCAGAUUGAUAUUCAAGAAAGAAAAUAUAACUCAUAUUAGACACUUCAAUCAUUUAUUAAAUUAUUAUUGUUGAUAACUCAAGGAAAACAUGACAAACAAUGUUUGAAAUUCAUACUCGAAACUGUGAACAUUACUAUUCUAAUGAGAAUCUCGAGAUCCAUUUAUUAAGAUCGUAUUAAACCUAAAUAGAGAAAUAUCAUAUUAGAUAAUAUUUGUGAUGAAUCAAAGACUGGACAACAUUAAUAUUGUUCCAAUAAUCUCUGCCAUUUUGGGUUAAGAACUGAUGAAGAUAACCUAUUAAUGCAAACUGGUUUUAAUAUUUUUAUUAUUUGCCUUACAUUAUCGGAACAUUUUCCUAAAGACCCCUCAUUAGAAAUUUUUAAAUUCGAUGAAGAUCAAGAUGAAUAGGAUGAAUUGAUUGAUUUAAGUGAUCCCUUAUACGAUGAUCUACAAAGGAAAAAUACUGCCUCUUCUUAGAAAGUAGUACCAAUCUUCGUUAAAGAUUAGAAUCAUGAUAAAGAAGAAGAAAACGCUCUAUUAAGUAAUCAAAUAAGAUAACCCUAACAAAAUGAAUUUAAAUAAAUCUAUGAAGAUAUCUAGAAUGAUGAAAAUUUUAAGUUUACUAGAAAACAAUAGUUUUUUAAAUUCUAUAGAUAAUUUACUGGUAGAAUUGAAAUUUAAAAUGAGUAAUCUGAACUUCAAAAGGUUUUCUUUUAAAAACCCUUUAUUUGCAAUUUUGUUACUCCAAAUAUUAAACAGCAUAUAAUUUUUGAGAUCAAAAGAGAAACAGAUGAAGAUAGAAUGUAAGGUUUAAUUGAUUAAGCUGAUUUUUAUCAGGUUUAAAUGAGACAUUCGUAAUAAAUUAACAAUAGCUUUAUAAUGCAUUUUGGAGCAGUCUAUUGGAGAUUACUAAAAGACAUAUCCUUCAUACUUUGUUUGGUUAUAGUAAUUCUCUUGAUUUUUAUGCAUGACAUUGUUGUCAAUAGUAAAUUAGGUUCCAGUUAAGAAGCACCUGAGGCAGAAAAAAAAGUACCUGGAGAGAACUUUGUAAGUUAUCUUAAUAAUGUAAUCAAUAUCUAUUAAUUUAGAUUAUCACCAUUAUUUAAUUAGUAUUGAAUUUAAUUAUUGUAUUUUUCUGUGCUAUAGAACGAUAUCCAAUAUCAAUUACAUAUAACAGAGGUGAAACUAAUGCUAAAAGAGUUUAGAUCUUAAAAAAGGAAGCUGGAUUUUCAAUAGCCUGGUUGACAAUGAAAUAUUAUAGUAUUGUUGGAUAUUUUGAAUAGGAAUUUUAAGGAUAAAAAGUAAGUGAAAGCACUGUUAAAAAACUUAUUCUUGUAAUAUUUUUUGAUUUUGAUAAUUUUUACAAUGUAAAUAUGACUUUAAUAUAAAUAGAUUUGGAUGUUUGGACUAACAGUUUAUGCAUUUUUUAAUCCUUACAUCUACGCAGUACUGUUGUUAGAUAUUAUUAAGAGGUCUGAGGAUCUUUAGAAUAUUAUAAAAUCAAUUACAUCUAAUGGUAGAAAUCUAGCCAUAUUCUCUUUUCUUGGUUUUAUUGGAUUACUAAUUUAUGCUAUAAUUGCAUUCUCAGACUUUGAUUGGAUGUUCAAUGAUGAGGAUGGUGUUUAUGGAUAAACAUUUAUUUUAGCAGUAACAUCCACAAUUAAUUUUGGUCUUCGUAGCGGUUUAGGUGAUUCAAUGAAAAAAUAUCCUGAACCAUAUGAAGACCCUACAUUAUAUUGGGGUAGAUACUUUUUUGACUUCUCAUUUUUCAUAAUAUUUAAUAUUUUGUUUAUCUAAAUAAUCUUUGGUAUUAUUUUAGAUACAUUUGGUGAAUUGAGAGAUGAGAGAUAAGCCUUAGUGAAAGAAAUCGAAGGAAAAUGUUUUGUUUGUAGUAUUGAUAAGAAUGAUAUUGAUACAAAGUAAUAUAUCCUCUUUAUUUUUAGUGGAUCAAAAGGCUGGCAUUAUCAUAUAUAUCUAGAACAUAGUGUCUACCAUAUGCUCUACUAUAUUAUUUAUAUUAAGAAUAAAGAUCCUAAUGAUUGUAAUGCUUUGGAGAAGUUCGUAAAAAAAUGCUUAGAUGACAAGGAAACCGUAUUUUUCCCUUUUAGAAGAGCUUUAUAAAUUGAAGAAUAAAAUAAUGAUGAAGACGAAUUCAAUGACCAAAGUGAAUCCUGA